AGCAGCAUCUUCUCCUGCUUCCUUCCUUAGCCUGAUCUCUUCUUUUCCGUGCCCAAGUGUUCGCUCGUGAUGGAGGGCAAGCAGCUGAGCGCGGUGGCGCCGGCCGUCGCGGCGGCGUCGAUGCACGAGGAGGACGCGACGAGGCCCAUGGAGCAGCUGAAGGUGGAGGCGAUCGCGUCCACGGAGACGGAGCAGCAGCGGGGCUGGAUGCGGGGGACGACGGCGCUGGCGUGGACGCAAUGGGCCAGCAUCAAGAGCAAGGCCCGCACCGCCGGCGAGUACACCAUCCUCAGGACCCGCCAGGGCAUCUCCAUGUUCGGGGAGCCCAAGCUCGGGCCAUUGGUCAAAGCAGCCGCCGCCAGCGACGAGUCCCAGUAGAUCGAUCGAUGGAUCGAGGUGUUCUUCUUGAUCCACGAAGCAGCAAACGAGUGCGAGUUCUCUUGUCAAUAGCUCAGGUUUCCUGUUUUUUUCUUCGAGGCAAUCAGUAGCUCAGGUUUCGGGUUGAUGAGCUAGCUACUAGUCGUGCAGUUCAUUCGUUCAUGGUUUAGUUUUAGCAGAACAGUUCAGUUUUUUUUGUUGAGUGGAACAGUUCAGUUAAGUUUUAUGCGAAAGAGUAAAAGUUUUUUUUUUUCCAAAUGUGCCUGAUGCUGUGAUCCUUGUGCCGCUAUUUCACAUUACCCUGGAUGAUUGCGUUGGAAUCUUUGGAUAU